CUUGGGGAUCCCAACCCACCGGGAGCGUCGGGGCGGGGCCGGGCCGGGCCGGCGGCCGGAUGGGAUGCGGUAGUAUCGGGGUACCCGGCGAGAGGCAGGGCGUUUGGGGGCGUGGCCACGCCGGGUUCCGGGUUCUGUGGCGGGCCCGGCUAGGCGGCGGAGAAGCAUGGCGGGCAGCGGGCCUGGGGCCGGCAGGCGGGUGCUGCGCUCCGCGCAGGCGGAGGAUGUGGCGUCGGCCUCCAACUUCCGCGCCUUUGAGUUGCUGCAAUUGCACCUGGACCUGCGGGCCGAGUUCGGGCCACCGGGGCCCGGGCCGGGCAGCCGCGGGCUGAGCGGCUCGGCGGUGCUGGAGCUGCGCUGCCUGGAGCCCGGCGGCGCCGCGGAGCUGCGGCUGGACUCGCACCCGUGCUUGGAGGUGACGGCGGCGGUGCUGCGGCGAGGGCAGCCGGGCCCGGGGCAGCCGGAGCCAGAGCCGGUGCCGGUGUGCACACAGCCCUUCUCGCACUACGGCCAGGCCCUCUGUGUGCGCUUCCCGCAGCCCUGCAGCGCCGGCGAGCACAUGCAGGUGCAGCUCACCUACCGCGUGGGUGAAGGACCAGGGGUUUGCUGGUUGGCUCCGGAGCAGACGGCAGGAAAGAAGAAGCCCUUCGUCUACACCCAGGGCCAGGCUGUUCUGAAUCGGGCCUUCUUCCCUUGCUUCGACACUCCUGCGGUAAAAUGCAGAUACUCCGCUCUCAUUGAGGUCCCAGAUGGCUUCACAGCUGUGAUGAGCGCUGACACCUGGGAGAAGAGAGGCCCCAGGAAGUUCUUCUUCCAGAUGUCCCAGCCCAUCCCCUCCUAUCUCAUCGCUUUGGCCAUCGGAGAUCUGGUCUCAGCAGAAGUUGGCCCGAGGAGCCGGGUGUGGGCUGAGCCCUGCCUCAUCGACGCUGCCAAGGAGGAGUACGACGGCGUGAUAGAAGAGUUCUUAGCAACAGGAGAGAAGCUUUUCGGACCCUAUGUUUGGGGAAGGUACGACGUGCUCUUCAUGCCACCGUCCUUCCCGUUUGGAGGGAUGGAGAACCCGUGUCUGACCUUCGUCACCCCCUGCCUGCUGGCCGGGGACCGCUCCUUGGCCGACGUCAUCAUCCACGAGAUCUCCCACAGUUGGUUCGGGAACCUGGUCACCAACGCCCACUGGGGGGAGUUCUGGCUCAACGAGGGCUUCACCAUGUUCGCCCAGAGGAGGAUUUCCACCAUCCUGUUCGGGGCCGCGUACACCUGCCUGGAAGCCGCUACCGGCCGGGCUCUGCUCCGGCAGCACAUGGAUGUCACGGGCGAGGAGCAUCCGCUGAACAAACUCCGAGUGAAGAUUGAGCCAGGUGUUGACCCCGAUGACACAUACAACGAGACCCCCUACGAGAAGGGCUUCUGCUUUGUCUCCUACUUGGCUCACCUGGUGGGCGACCAGGACCAGUUUGACCGUUUCCUCAGGGCCUACGUGGAAGAGUUUAAGUUCCAAAGCAUCUUAGCCGACGACUUUCUGGAGUUUUUCUUGGACUAUUUCCCUGAGCUGAAGAGAAGGAAGGUGGAUUCCAUCCCAGGGUUGGAGUUUGACCGUUGGCUGAACACCCCCGGCUGGCCCCCCUUCCUGCCCGACCUCUCCCCCGGGGACGCGCUCAUGAAGCCGGCAGAUGAGCUGGCCAAGCUCUGGGCGACCGAGGCGCUGGACAUGAGGGCCAUUGGCGCCGUGUCCACCUCUGCCUGGAAGACCUACCAGCUGGUUUACUUCCUGGAUAGGAUCCUCCAGAAAUCCCCUCUCCCUCCAGGGAACGUGAAGAAACUUGGAGAGAUGUAUCCGAAGAUCUCAAAUGCCCAGAACGCGGAGCUGCGGCUGCGAUGGGGCCAGAUUGUCCUCAAGAACGACCACCAGGAGGACUUCUGGAAAGUGAAGGAAUUCCUCUGCAGCCAGGGGAAGCAGAAGUACACCCUCCCGCUGUACCAUGCCAUGAUGGGGGGCAGUGAGGCCGCCCGUGCCCUCGCCAAGGAGACCUUUGCGGCCACGGCCUCUCAGCUCCACAGCAACGUGGUCCACUACGUCCAGCAGAUCGUGGAGCCGCUGGGCAGCUAGAGGCGGCUCGCAGAGUAAUGGCUCCCGAAUUCCAGGUCUCUGGUCAGUGUCCCAAGUUCAUGUCCUCGGGAUAACCUACUGUCUGGGCUUGGCCUUGGGCACCCCGGGCCUCUGCUCUGACGGGUCGGCUCUGGAUCCGAGUCCUGAGACUGGAACCUCCACGCGCCUUGGGCAGCAGCGCCUGCGGCUCUGGGGGCCGCCUCCUCCCCAGCGGGGUCUCUGGGAUUUUUUUCCUCUUUUUAAUUUUUUUUUUCCUUUUUCUUUUUUUUUCUUUGGCUGAUUCAUGAAAUACUGUGCAAAGGGCUGCAUUUUGGUGAUUCUUUUUCAAGUUUAAUCGCUCUUUUAAUAAAUAUUUUUUUUUAAGUGGAAAGUA